AUGGCAGCUGGCACAAAGAUCAAGGGCCCAGUCACCUCCAGGACCAGAUCAGCUGGAUCUCACUCCUCCAGUGAGGAACCAAAGAAUGAUCUUCUACAGAACAAGACCAAAAAGCUAAUGGAUUGCAUGCUCAGCAAGUACAAAAUGAAUGAGCCAUUGAUGAGGAGAGAAAUGAUGAAGGUCAUCAACAAAAGAUUUAAGCAACAAUUCCCUGAGGUCCUUGAAAGUGCCUGCCACCUCUUGGAUGCAGGUUUUUGUCUUGAGUUGGAAGAAGUGCAGCCCAAAGAUAAGUCAUUCAACCUUGUCAGCAAGCUACAUUUCAAUGAUGAUGGGAGUGACCACAGCCACCUGAGAAUUUCCACCAUGGGCAUUCUGAUUCCCAUCCUGAGUUUCAUUUAUUUAAAUGAGCACUGUGCCCCUGAGGAGAAAAUCUGGCUACUCCUGAAUCAAUUAGGCAUUUGUGAUGGGAUCCCUCACAUCAUCCUUGGGGAUGCCAGGAAGGUCAUCACCCAUGAUCUAGUGCAGGAAAAGUACCUGGAGUACCAACAUGUUCCUCAUAGUGACCCACCCACCUAUGAAUUUUUGUGGGGCUCUCAAGCUUUUACUGCAAAGUGCAUGAAAAAAGUCCUGGACUUUGUGGACAAGUACAAUGAACACAUCUCCUGCUGCGAUUCGCCCCCUAUGAAGAUGCCUGGUGGCAAGAGGAAGAAAAAGAAUGACGAGAAAUUAAAUGAUCAUACAACCAAAUUUCUUGGUGAGAGUUGGGGCAUUAUCCACGCAUGA